CUUAAUUAAUCAAUUAAGCAAUUAAUUAAAGCAUCAGAACUCGGGGAAACGAAGCAAUCGGCGUGAAGCCUGCUGCUGCUGAGCUCGAGACCCCCAGCCCAUCAGCAAAUCCUUCAAAUAUCGCAUCAAACCCCCGUUACGACCACAUCAAGCCAGCUUAACCCCAACUUUUCGAAGGUCGAGCUUCCCCCCUCGGGCCGUCGGGGAUCAUCGGAGUGGUGCGUUCAGGAAAUCGACAUCAGACCCUCUCGAACCAACGUCCACCUGCCCCUCCUUUUUUAUCCUCGGGCUUCUUAUAAAGCUCAACAGACGACCCCCGCUCUGCCCGGCCAUGGAGACAAUCCUCCGUCCGCUAUCCCGCCAGUUUGUACGAUCACGACCGCGAUAUCCCUACGCUAUCCCCGCUGCGUCGUCGUUGUACCCUCGAUAUAUCUCCAGAAUGGCUCACACGGUCCCUGCGUUGAAAGACGAGUCGCUCUUCAUCCAGAAGAGCUACAUCAAUGGCGAAUGGGUCACCGCCCAGUCGGGCGAGACCUUCGAGGUCCAUGACCCGGCCACUGGAAAGUUGAUCGGAACCUGCCCCGAGCUGAACGCGGAUGACACGCAAAAAGCCAUUGCCGCCGCAAAGGCUGCCUUCCCUUCCUUCCGCAAGACACUGGCCCGCGAGCGCGCCCGCAUGCUGCGCCGCUGGUACCAGCUCUGUAUCGACAACGCAGAGGACCUGGCCACCCUGAUCACCUGGGAAAACGGAAAGCCCCUGGCGGACGCCAAGGGUGAGGUCACUUAUGCCGCCAAUUUCUUCGAGUGGUUCAGUGAGGAGGCCGUCCGGGUGUAUGGAGACACGAUCCCCUCCAGUGUGCCAGGUAACCGCGUUAUGACCAUCAAGGAGCCCAUUGGAGUCUGCGGUCUGAUUACUCCUUGGAACUUCCCCGCCGCCAUGAUCACCCGCAAGGUUGCUCCCGCCCUGGCGGCCGGUUGCACGGUCGUCGUGAAGACUCCCGGAGAGACUCCCUUCACGGCCAACGCACUGGCGGAGCUGGCUCACCGCGCUGGGAUUCCCAAGGGUGUGGUCAACAUUGUUACCGCGUCCAAGAACACUGCGGAGGUUGGACAGAUUCUCACGACCCACCAGGAUGUCCGCAAGAUCUCUUUCACCGGUUCUACCAAUGUGGGCAAGCUGCUCAUGAAGCAGGCUUCCUCCACCCUCAAGAAGGUCUCCUGGGAGCUGGGUGGAAACGCCCCGUUUAUCGUGUUUGACGACGUUGAUGACAUCGACGCCGCUGUUGCGGGUGCCAUUGCCUCCAAAUUCCGCAGCUCCGGCCAGACCUGUGUCUGCGCUAACCGCAUCUAUGUGCAGAAGGGCAUCUACGACGAAUUCGCUGAGAAGUUUGCCGCCAAGGUUCGCCAGUUCACCAUGGGCGGUGGUUUCGCCGAGGGAAUUACCCAUGGUCCAGUUAUUCACGGCCGUGCCAUCGACAAGGUCGCUGAGCAUGUCAAGGACGCUGAAUCCAAGGGUGCUAAGGUGGUCGUCGGUGGAAAGCCGGCCACUGACCUCGGCCCCAACUUCUACCAGCUCACUGUUUUGACUGGCAUGACCAAGGACAUGAAGAUCGCUUCUGAGGAGACCUUUGGUCCUGUGGCCGGUCUCUUCCCCUUCGAGACGGAACAGGAGGUCGUUGAACUUGCCAACAACACCGACGUCGGUCUGGCAGGCUACUUCUUCAGCAGCAACGUGAAGCGCAUCUUCCGCGUCGCUGAGGCCCUGGAGGUCGGUAUGAUUGGUGUGAACACCGGUUUGAUUAGUGACCCUGCUUCUCCCUUCGGUGGUGUCAAGCAGAGUGGAUUCGGCCGUGAGGGCAGCAUGUACGGUAUCGAAGAGUACCUCACCAUCAAGAGCAUCACUCUUGGUGGCAUGAGCGACCCGCUGCAGGGAGCCCGUCUGUAGCGAAGCAUAUCAGCAAAAAUUGUUGUGUUUUAAUUUAAGAUCCGAUUGGAUUGGAUCUGAUGACUCAUGUAAUGUACAUAACUAACUAGUAUGAAUUAUAUAUCAAUGAUAUGAAUAUUCGGAUACGACU